CAGAGGAAUAGGCGGGCCUUGCAGGGCGGUGCCCGGGCUGCUGAGGAGGAGGAAGAUGGCGCCGUGAGGGGGGUCCGAGCCGCUGCCGCCUCCUCUUCCCCGCCGUACCAGACUCUGGUCUUUCCUAGAGGUGGGGAGCAGGGGUGUCCUUACAGAUGUUUUCUUGGACUGCAGAUUCCAUCAGCCUGACCAGCAUAGCCAAUGAUCCAGAGGACAGUAUGGCUGCCACUGCUACUGUAAGCCCCAGUGAAUAUUUACAACCUGCUGCUUCAACAGCUCAGGAUUCUCAGCCAUCUCCACUCGCCCUCCUUGCUGCCACAUGUAGCAAAAUCGGUCCUCCAGCUGUUGAAACAGCCGUUGCUUCUCCUGCCCCUCCUCAGCCUGCCCCUCGAAAACUGGUCCCCAUCAAGCCUGCUCCACUUCCACUAAGUUCCAACAAGAACAGCAUUGGGAUCUUGUCUUCGAAAGGAAACCUCUUCCAGAUCCAGGGUUCUCAGCUCGGGACCUCAUAUCCUGGGGGGCAGUUGGUGUUUACCAUCCAAAACCCAGCUGUAAUCAACAAAGGGGCUCACUCCCCUGCCAACAUCCAGUACCAGGCAGUUCCACAAAUACAAACAACAUCAGGGCAGACCAUUCAAGUACAGCAGAACCUGGGUAACCAAAUACAGAUUAUUCCAAGUUCCAUCCCUACUUCCUCCUCUUCUUCAUUGUCAUCCUCCUCCUCUUCUUCAGCUCAUAAGCCUGUGCCAAUCAAACCAGCACCAGCUCACAAGACCUCCGCUGUCCAUAGCCCCACCAACGUGGUCAAGUUUGGCACCAGUGGGAACGUCACCCUUACUUUGCCAGUGAGUAAUCUGGUCACAGCCGGAGACACCAACAGCCAGACUCAGAUUGUCCCAGACAGCCCCUCAAAACCAAGCAAAAAGGCCCGGAAGAAGGCAGUAUCAUCAUCCCAGACAGCUGCGAUGGCUGUGACUGAGCAAGUGGAAACGGUCUUGAUAGAGACCACGGCUGAAAAUAUCAUCCAGGCAGGGAACAACCUGUUGAUUGUGCAGAGCCCUGGGUCUGGCCAGCCAGCAGUGGUCCAACAGGUACAAGUGGUCCAACCCAAGCAAGAACAACAGGUCGUUCAGAUCCCCCAGCAAGCUCUGCGGGUGGUCCAGGCAGCCUCAGCCACGCUCCCCACUGUUCCCCAGAAGUCACCACAAAACUUCCAGAUCCAAACAUCUGAGCCCAUCCCCACUCAGGUAUAUUUCAAGUCUCCUUCUGGUGAGCUGCAAACAGUGCUGCUCCAAGAAGCCCCUGGCGUUACUGUGGCCCCUUCCCCCAUCGCUUCCUCCACCACCUCCUGCAGCAGUCCUGCACCUCGCAGUUCCCAGACAGGAGGCAGUACCAAAAAGACAGGGGCUCGCAAAGAGCGUGCCCUGCCAAAGAUCGCUCCUGCUGGGGGCAUCAUCAGCCUCAAUGCUGCUCAACUCGCCGCAGCUGCUCAGGCCAUGCAGACCAUCAGCAUCAAUGGGGUUCAGGUUCAAGGCGUUCCCGUCACUAUCACCAACACGGGAGGCCAGCAGCAGCUGACAGUGCAAAAUGUCUCAGGCAACAACUUGACUAUCAGCGGCCUGAGCCCCACUCAGAUCCAAUUACAGAUGGAGCAGGCACUCUUGGGAGAACUGCAGCCAGGAGAGAAGAGACGGCGAAUGGCUUGCACCUGCCCCAAUUGCAAGGAUGGGGAGAAAAGGUUGGGGGACCAGGGUAAGAAGAGGCAUAUCUGCCACGUUCCUGAAUGUGGGAAGACCUUCCGCAAGACCUCUCUGUUGCGGGCUCAUGUGCGCCUACACACAGGAGAACGCCCUUUUGUGUGCAACUGGGUCCUUUGUGGGAAGCGGUUCACACGCAGUGAUGAGCUGCAACGGCAUGCCCGGACACAUACAGGUGACAAACGUUUUGAGUGCGCUCAGUGCCAAAAGCGCUUCAUUAGAAGUGAUCAUCUGACGAAGCACUAUAAAACCCAUCUGGUCACCAAGAACUUGUAGGGUUGGAUGCAACCAGGAAAAGUGGGGAAACAGUAGGGUUGGUAAUAACCCCUUCAUGUGGGCAAUGGGAAUCUCCACAAGGAGAGCAAAAUGCCUAAGAAACACUCCUCAUUGGGACGUUGGCAUCUGCGUAGGGAAUUGGUUAACAGCCACUGUUCCUUGGCUCAGACGACCUCCACUCCUUUGGAACUUCUUCGAAGGUUCAUCAGAUGCUGUGGUUUCAGCCCGGGAUGAAGACAACUAUCUGGGGGCUAAAAUCAGCACAAAGCCGAGCAGUGAGCAGGGGAAAGGAUAUGGAAACAGCUAGGCACGAAGCCCAUCUACCCACUGGCCUCAGGAGCUUGAAAAGCGAACUCCCUGCUCUGCUACACCCCUGGGCCUCCUUGUGCCCUUGAAAGUAGCACCAGUGAAACAGUAGACCCCACUCAAAAUUUUGCUUCCCUCUUCCCAUCCGCUGCCCCCUUGUGCUUGUGAAGCUUUUGAAUGGGGGACCAGGAAACCACCUGAAAACGGGACUCUCAGUCCUCCAAGCACAUUCCUACUUUAUAUUUAAAAAUUAUAAAUAUAUAUAAAUAUAUAUCUCUAUAUUAAAAAAAACCUACUUAGGAAACCUUUUUUUUCUACAGAGAAUGUUGCCUUAUAUUUUCCCCCAGUUUCAAAUUAUGUAUUGUGAGCAAUUUUUUAAUUUAAUUGUGUGUGUGUUUUUUAAAGCCCAAAGUCUCUUUGCUAAUGCAAGGCCCUGUACCCCGACAGUGCCAUUGUCAGGUCUAUGACAUGCUUUUUGUACACCCAGGGCUUUCUAGGACAUAUGUGGCAGCAGCACUUUGCUCAGGAGAGUGGUGGAUGUCCAUUUGUGAACAGCAACCCUUGUCUGUAGUUACUAGAGUUGCUGGAUCAUAGCUGUGGGCCCUCAGCAAGACAGCCACAAAUACAACAGAAGGAUGUACAUAUACAAAUUGUAUCAAGAAGCUAUGGGGCUUCGUAUGCAAUUCUGCACUGCUUGGUUCAGCAAGCACAUCGUGGUACAGCUCCAAAUGUAAAACCAGAUUGCUUUCACUGAAUUGGAGCAAUAUGCCACUAUCCUUUUCAGAAUUGUACUUAACAGGCCCUGGUAAAAUCAGGUGAUGGUGUGUGUGCUAAAAUACAAGCAUUUUUUUACCAUCAAAAAUGGAGUUCAUUUCUUCUUUCAUCCCAGCCCCCCCUCUCUCUUUUUUUUUUUUUUUGUUCUAUUGGAUUUCUUUUUCCUCAAAAAUUUACUUUUUCUACUUUUUCUUUUUCUAGGCAAACUGGUGUUUUCCUUCCGCUCACCCUUCUCCUUUAAAGUACUUCCUAUCAUCCCCUCUGUGUAUUAUAGUGUAUAUUGUAUCAUAGACUAUAUAUUGCAUUAUGUGUUUCCUACAUGUUUCAGAAACAUACGGCUUGUUAUUUUUGAGCUUUUAAAUUAAAAAAAUCCACUUUAUUUUUUAGUUUUAACUGUUUGAAGUAUGUUUUUCUUUAGAGUGUUUUUGAUUAAUGCUGUAAUUUGACUGGUCAGUAUGUAGCGAACCCAAUAUGGAUUGAUUAAGGAGAAAACAAUCAGAUUUCCUGAUAGGUAAAUUUAAUUGACAGAAGCAAACUCCAUCAUGGUUUAAGAAAUAUAGAUAGUGGAAGAAUGGAAUAUUUAAGUGGCUUUGUGAAGGGUUAAGAUGGGCUAGAGUGUUUUUGUUUUUUUUACUUCAUAGAGACUCCUAGUGACAGUUUCAUAAAUUCAGAUUAGAUUGGUUUAUGAUGCCACUGUAUAAGACUUAGCUGGCCAGAAUGUAUAUUUCAGUUUUAUGCUGUCUCUCCCCAUUUUGCUUUCUUUGCAGCAUUAACAAGAGUCACAAAUACAUUUUCUAAUUUCAUGUAUGGAAAAUUACCUUUGGCCUGGUGUAUGCAUUUCAUAGUGACAUGGAGUGCUGGUGUAUUAAAAUGUUGAGCAUGUUGCUAGUAUACCAUACAUAUAGUGGCAGUGUAAGUCAUCACAGGAGUGUCACUUCAGACUGCCACAUCUAUAAAAUGUAAAACAAACCUUUGCCUGCAGUUGUACUUCCAAGGUCUCAUAUUAUAGGCACUUUCUGUCUGUGGGCACAGGCUAACAGCAAACACUACUUCACAAAUCUCAGUGAAACUUCAUGGAACCUUUACAAGAGCAUGGUGUUUCGAUAGGCUUGUACAGGACACCUUCACAGUGGAUUGGUCCCUGUGUACUGUAUUCAGCUAUUAGUUGUUUACAGAUGGUCAACUAAUCGGUUCCUUUUGUGUGGGCUUAGGAUAUACGGUGCAUAACUCUACCCACCAACUACAGUCUGCCCUUUCCACAUCAAACAACCCUCAAGUAUCUUUGGGAGGGAAGUUAUUUUGAAGGGGAGUUAGGCAGGAGAAAUAAACCCAUGUUGUUACA